UUAGGUCUCCGCCUACACCCCGCGCGUCUAUGGAGCAACGCGCAUGCCCGGCGCAUGCGCUCUUCUGAGGCUCCCUUGACCUUUGACCCGCCGGCCGCCCUUGAGCCGGGGCCGCGGGGCCAGGAAGUCGGGCCCCCGAACCUGAGUGGUCGCCAUGGCCAAGUACCUGGCCCAGAUCAUUGUGAUGGGCGCACAGGUGGUGGGCAGGGCCUUUGCCCGGGCCCUGCGGCAGGAGUUUGCAGCCAGCCGAGCAGCGGCGGACGCCCGGGGACGCGCAGGACACCAGUCUGCGGCCGCCUCCAACCUCUCAGGCCUCAGCCUCCAGGAGGCACAGCAGAUUCUCAACGUCUCCAAGCUGAGCCCCGAGGAGAUCCAGAAGAACUACGAACACCUAUUCAAGGUGAACGAUAAAUCCGUGGGUGGCUCCUUCUACCUGCAGUCAAAGGUGGUCCGAGCGAAGGAGCGUCUUGAGGAGGAACUCAGAAUCCAGGCCCAGGAGGACAGGGAGAGACAGCAGCCGCCCAAAACGUGACCGCUUGGUUCCUCCCGCCCACCCGCCCGCUUCUAAUUUAUAGCUCCGUAAUAAAUGUCUUUUCCGCA